UUCGCCUCUUUCACGGUGGGUAACUGUACAAACUCACCAUGGAGCCCAUGCCUGGGUCAUCCCAAGACAGCGUAAGCCAGAUCCACAUUCCUGUGUCUCCUGGCAGCCCUGACAUCUUGGAUGAUAAUGGAGCAGAAUCUGAUGGCCUAGAGGUCAUUGAGAUAAAUCCAUUCCAGCAACAAGACAUAGAACUGUACCCCCAGGGAGUUAACCAAGAAAGUGUAGUCAUGGUGGUAAACGACAACAGCAAUUACUCAACGUCCACCGACGACAGCAGUAACACCAUCCCUUUACCAAUCGACAACUCUAGACCUAGUUCAGUAAAUUCGAGACCUAAUUCAGUAAACUCCGGGCCUAGUUCAAAUAAUUCACGUCCAAGUUCAGAACAUUCCAGACCUGAUUCAGAAAACUCGCGACAUGAUUCGGAUAAUUCCAGGCCCAUUUCUAUAAAUAACUAUGAAGCUUCUAGCGAGGAUUCUAAUAGUGUUAUCUCAUUGCCUGAUGCCGAAUUGCGUCGAGAAAGACCAGAGGUUGUUGACGAACCGCCAGCUAAAGUAAGAAAACUAAGUACAAAAUCAAAUGACGACUUAGAUGGUGAAACAUGUCCUAUAUGUUUAGACUCUUGGGGAAAUUCUGGAGAUCAUAGACUUGUAGCUUUAAAAUGCGGACAUCUCUUCGGUUUACAAUGCGUUGAGCGAUGGUUAAAAGCUCAAAGUAGUAAAGAAAGAUCUUGUCCAACAUGUAAAUCGAAAACUACAAUGAGGGACAUUAGACAUAUUUAUGCAAGAAGAUUGGUAGCAGCUGAUACUUCUCAAAUAACAGCUUUGCAGAAGCAAAUGGAGCAAGUACAAUCUGAAAAAAGUAGGGUGGAACUUGAAUUACAGAAAUCGAGAAUUGCACAUAGAGCUUGUGUAAUGCAGUUAGAAAUUUUGCGUAGUACGUUAAUGAAAAACCAAGGUCCAAAAGAACAGCCAGUAAGGAAAUCUUGGAGGUUCGCCUUGGAAAAGAACUUGGAAGUCUUCAAAGAUGGAGGAUGCAGAGUUAUGACGUACAAUUGUCAAACUUACGAGCUCUAUGUAUCGCAAAAAAGCAGUAAUAACCUUUUUCCUGGUUACGGUAUACGGAAAGUUAGUUGUGUCGACUAUAAGCUGGGGCAGUUUGUUCAUUUACAUCAAAGACCUAUUAGGGAUAUCACGUACUCGCAACCCAGAGACUUGCUUUUGAGCGUCGGCUUGGAUAGUACAGCGAAAAUAGUCGAAAGAGGGAUCUUGAGUGUAACAGCGCAGACUGGGUUUCCUCUGUGGUCUUGCUCUUGGGAUUUUCGUCGCGGCAACGAGUUUUACGUCGGAGGAGUUGGUGGUGUCAUUCACCAAUACGACGUAAGAAACACAAACACUCACGUCCUUCGACUUUUCGCACCUACCGAUACAUCCCCUGUUGUGUCUCUCUGUUCGACAGAGUAUGGACUUCUUUCCUGUCAAUUAAAUUCCUGCUGGCUAUGGGUAGCAAAUAUGAGACAAUGGGAGCCUAGGGCUUUACCAAUUGAAGGCCCCUUCAUGUCGUUAAGUUACGAUAGUGAAACCCACAGAGCUUUAAUUUCGUGUAGACCAAGUUCGGCUGGGGAACGAUCACGACUGGCCCUGUGUAAAUUAAAAGCGUCAGUGCCAAGUGGUGAAGUUAUAGCUGAAACGGAGCAAACCUUUUUUGGAUCAGUCCGUUCUUCCUUAAUGUCACGUGCGUCCUGGGUCAAAGCGCCUGGAUCAUCCUGGGUAGCGUCUCAUUCUGAAAGUGACUCGGCGUUAUAUCUGCAUGGUUUAGAAGGGGCCAGGACCAUGUCGUUACCAGCUGCAGAACCGGCGUUAGAUGUGACGUCAGUGCAAUUAAAUGGGGAUACUUUGCUGGCUGCGUUAUCGGAGUCGAGGUUAAGACUGUACAAAGCAGUGCCAACAAAUUCUUGAUGUUUUGUCUAAGAACAACUUUAUGGUGACGUUCCUGUGAUGUUCAUGUGUCAGUUUUGUGUGUGAGAAAUCUUGUGACUGGUUUAAAAAAGAUUGAAGGUUGAAUUGCAUUUGGACCGUCGCCAUAUUGGUGAGUUUCAAUUAGCUAAUUUCUUCAGCAGCCCUCAACACUACCUUCUACCAAACAAUAUUUGUACGUCAUUUAUUAUGUGGAGAUCUGUAAUCUCUGCCUUGGUGUAAUACGAGUGACUCUAUAAGGUCUUAUUUUAGUAGUAUCAAAUUAGGAGAGUCUGCUAGGUCUUUAGUCAAAACAAGCUUUACAUGUUUGCAAUAAGAGCCUAAAAGGUGCUAUGCGUGUCGGUUGUGGCUUUUCGCUCUAAGGCUGACAAAUUAACUGCAUGUUUGCAAUUAAUGCGUGAAGUCGUAUCCAACUUCAUGCAGCGGCUGCAUGACUAGUGGCGGAUUUGCAGUCUUGACAACCAGAGGGUACCAGCCGCACCAUUCUCAGCACUUAUCGUAUACUGGUAGACUACAUAAUGAAUGUCACUGUCUAUUGGUGGAAACCGCAUGAAAUAGUUUUUGAGUUUAUCGCGAUCAGACAGACAGAAGACAGACGCGGUAGUUAUAAUAUGUAGUGAUGUGGUGACAUUACAUUAUAGAUAUUUAUACAUGACUAUACUUUAUACAUAAAAUGUACGAAAGUAAUGUAGGAGAUUAUUGUUAUCCGAUGCGGUGCGGUGCGGCCCGCCAUAAUGUGCGUGAGUCUUUAGGAUAUUUAGGUACUUUGAGUUAUUUCUUGUUAUAAUCAGUGAAUUUUUUAUCACGAUUGGCCGCCCUAGGCCAGGACCUACUGGGCAUUAGAGCAAAUUCGCCACUGUGCAUGAUGACUGCAUGAAGUUGAUAACGACUUCACGCAUUAACUGUCAAUCUAUUAGCAACCUUAUUGCACGGACAUAAAACUUUUCCGGACCGGCUAAAGCCGAGUGGUGACAAUUUAAAACACAUCUGCACACUUAAUAAUAAUGAACCACAUUACAACACGUUUAAGUUUCAAACAAGUGUAGAUACCAUACGAGCAAUUGAGAUAAAGAUGUAUUUGCCUAAAGUGCAGAUGUUUUUGGUGAAUUUAGUAGGUUCGUUUCGAUGUUGACUGUACUUAAAUAUUUUUUUUUAUAGGACCCUAUAAGUCACUUCGUCUAUUACAAUAUCACUGCUAUAAUUGUACUAUAUUAAAUGCCACUGCUGAACACGAGUCUCCUUCAAACCUUAAUCCACCACAACGACCUAACGGUAAUGGCGCAUCGCGUAGAGAACUCGACUACCGAGUUCAUGAGCAUACAUCCCGAUAAGCAAGAAUCACACCAAUGGACUGUGCUGUCGGGUUGUUAUGCAUUUUCGUAUGCAAAUUGAAACAUGAGGAUAUUUCUAACUUGAAUAAGUGUGUUAGUGAAUGUGUUAAAUUUAAAUAAUUAUAAUUGUGUUCUGGAAUUAAAAUUUGUAUAUAGUGAUGCUGAUGUUUUAAUGCACUGUGUUAUAUUGUAAAUAAAGAUUUGAAAAUAAUUUGUAUUUGUCGGUAAAUGACACUGCGUGAACGUAUGGAUUUGUUGCGCAAUUUUUGUUCUGGCAACAAUAUGAACAAAACACUCGCACAAACACUCCAAACAUAAAU